ACUGUUAACUGUCCCGCGAUUUGUUUACAUCUCUACGUUGAAAUUUGUACACAAACCUCGAAAACCGUUGCUAUUUUGAUGCAUGGUGGUUUUAGAAUUGAUUUUUAAAACACUUUUUAAAUUGUUCAAUAAAAGUUGAAGCCAAUCUCACAUGAAAAGCGCGAAAGCUACUGUUCUAGGAAUGGAUAUCGACACACUCCAUUUAGAUUUGCGCAAAAGGUUGGACGUGCUAGGCUUCAACCAUCCGCUUCCGCUUGGGGCCAUUGGAAUCGUUUCUGCCAUCCUGGACGAUCUGAUCAAAACCUCAGAAAAGCUGAAGUCUUCCAAACAACAAAUUUGCCAUCUGGAACAAGAGAAAGCUGCUUGGGAUCUGGGAGUCGAACCGUACAAGUGCGACAACUCCCGAUUGCUGGCCGAGUGCAACGAGCUUCAUUUGGAACUAGUAAAGCAGCGCGAUAAGUUUAUUCUGGCCAACACCGAACUCAAGUGUCGGGUGCGGAACUUGCAAACGGACAAAAAGCAACUAGAGGACAGAUGUUUGCAAGCGGAAGCCAAGAUUCGCCAGCUUCAGUGUGGGGACAGUAAAUCCAGAAAGGAUGGUGCAAACAUGCAACGAAAACCAUUUGUGUCUACGGUGAGGCCAGGGCAGUAUCAACCGCCAACCUGUUGUGGCGGCGAGAAGCGUGAAGGAAAAUGUAGUGGCGCGUGCAGCCAAGCUCGCAAAACGGAAAUAUUGCACGAAAUAGAGCAUUUGCAGAUUGAGACCAAAAAUCAGGAGGAAGUAAUCGAGGCAUAUAAAAAACAGAUUGACUGCCGUGAUCGCGAAAUUCAACGGCUUGGAGCAUUGUUUGCUGGUGGUCGACCUGCAGCCGCUCUCGCAAAGGACUGUUGCUAUCGCAAUGUGAACACCUUGACGGAAGAUGUCAAAGGACUUCAGGAAGAAAAAACAUCCAUUCAAAACAAACUAACUGAAGCGUUGGAAAAUCAGCAAAGCGCUGGUAAGAAAAUACACAAGCUAUCCGAGCGCAACAAACAGUUGGAGCAAGAACUGAAGGAGAUUGAGAAUGUAGCUCUGAGCGUAGAAUCGGAAGCAAACUUGAACAUUUUGAAUAAAGAUAGGGAAAAUUCUGACCUGCAGAUACGGUUGCAACGCUCAAAUAUGAGGAUCAAAGAGUUAGAAACUUUGUUGGCAGCAAGAACGUCAGGAUCCACACCGGUGAGUUCCUCGGCAUCGGCAUGCUCUCUGGAUUCAACUCUUCAAAAUGCUUUGAAGCAAGCAAAUGAAGAGAAACGAGCCCUCUAUAAACAACUGAAUGAAUUGAAACAACGUGAACAAACAUUUCUAACAGACUAUGAGAAAAUCAAAUCAAAGUAUUCAAAAUUGAAACUCAAGAUAUCAAAUCAAAUCGCAUUUGUUGGUGCCGACUCCCAUCAGAAUGAUGUUGAGAUUGAUGAAUUGAAAGAGAAAUGUUUAUCCUUGGAGAACUCCUUAAAACAUGCGGAAUCGAAUCGAGAUCUUCUUUCUAAAGAAAUCAUGCAACUGCGAGAGAAUAUUAUAAAACUUAAUAGUGAAAGCGUGUAUAAAACCGAUAGAAUAGCCCAAUUGGAAAGUGAACAGAAAACGAUAUUCAACCAAGCUGGUGCUGCCCCUCGUUUGCGAACGGCAGAUUCUGCAUUUUCUGGUCAAACGUCACUAUCAGUUCAAUCGGCGUUCCAUCGAGUAGAACGCGAAAGAGACGCUGCCAGAAGAGAAGUGCAGCAGCUGGAAGCUGAAAGGGACUCAUUAAGGACUAAAUUGAAAUUGGCAACCAAAAGUCAAAAGGAUGAACAAGCUAAACAUGAGGAAACCAUCAUCAGUUACAGUUCAAAGAUUGCAAAGCUAGAGGCUGAAAAACGCGAUGUUUUGUGCGCUCAGAGUUCUUCUCAAACUACGUUGCAAAUGUUGAAAGACGACAACCGUGAUUUACAGGAGCGUUUGCAGAAUGUUGAAAGCAGUUUUAAAAAAAUGAAGAUUAGCCAUUCGCAGUUGAAAAUUCUGCAUGAACAAACAGAACGGGCCUUGCUACAACAUCAAAACAGGCUGAUCUGCUCUGAGAAUCAGCUGGACAGUGCUGAAGCUAAAUUAACUAAAGUUGAUGGAACAAUUGAACACGCCCAGAAAGAUAUUGGCAAACUAAGAGGGGAUAUAAGCGUGUUGAAAGCAUCAAACGCUUCGCUGCAACAGGAGAAAGACAAACUUUUGAUGGAGCUCGACAAGAAAACAGAAAAGCUUUACACAGUCGAAGCAGAGCUCAGCACCUUAAAAACAAAUAAAAUUGAAAUGAGGGACACAAUUGAUCGGCUUGAAAGGAAACUUGAGAACGCUAACGUGGAUAAUCUUCAGAUAGACAGCAACCUGCGCAGUGUGGCCACCGAAACUGAUACGCUCAGAAAACAGGUGGCGACACUCAAGCGUUCGCACGAUAACGCCGUUACAGAGAACGGACGUCUAUCGAAUGAUCUGAGCGACACUGCCUCCGAGCUGACUCUAACGAAACGGAAACUCUCCGAAUGCCAGAAGGAGGUGGAACGGAUGAAGUCACAGCUUCGCGAAUAUGUUCAGGAGAUUCAGCGCGCCGAGGAGCUGCUGUGUAUUAAGGAACGUGAACGAGGGGAAAUGCUUGAGCAUUACAAAUCACUUUCCGAAGGAGUGAACAUGCUUGAGGUGAGCAACCAUACUUUGGAGGCAGAAAGUGCGGAAGCCAAAAAGUUGCUGCAAGAAGCAGAAGGACGCAUCAACGGUUUGCAAGAGCGUGUUGGACUACGCGAAGCUGAGAUUAAGUCCUAUGAGGAACAGAUUAACAGGCUUUCGAGCAACGUUGUUUCACUGGAAAGUGACGUUGAAUGUCUGAAAGAGGAAAAUCAAAAUCUCAGGGAGGAUUUAGAAGCGACUAAGGAACUUUGCAAUAAGUUGGAUCUCCAGAAAGAUAAACUAAAUGCAGAGUUAGAAGAGCACUCUAACAUUCGCGAGCAGCUAAAUAAGGAAAACUCCACUUUGAAGCGUCAGCUCUCAUUAGCACAUACUGGAGAUAAAGCUGCAAUGGAUGGACUGCAGGAACUGCUCGCAGCAAGUCGUGCGGAGGUUGAACAGCAGAGGAUAGUUACAAAUCAGUUGAACCAAGAGGCGAAGACACUGAAGAACCAAAUAGAGGAGUUAAAAUUGAAGCUAGACGAGGAGGAACGCAACGCGGUCCGAAGCGAUGCUCUGGCUAAUGAAUACAGCGUUCAGUUGCAGGAACUACGACGCAUGAUCACCGAUGAUCGUUUUGCACAGGUGCAGUCCAGAGAAGAGGAGGAUUACAACAGGAUCAAGCCAUAUUUGAAAUCCGAAGAAUCUAUACAAACUGAUGGAAGCAAUCUAAAUAACACCAGUAGCAUAUUGGAAUCUUUGUGUUCGGAAUCAUCCGAAAUUCCCGAUCAUUCUCAAUUUAUGCGAAGAUUAUGCACUGCACUAAGGAAAACAAGUCCUCCCAGUAUUGAUUCUACGGGAAGCAGUUCGUCAAAUAUUCUGGAGAGUACGAAGAAGUUUUCAGAUUUAGAUAGAAAAAAUAUAUUGAAUACAUAUAAUAUUGCUAGAAAAAUAAGUUCGCAAGGCAAGGAAAAUCCUAAUCAAAGCCAUGAAUUGAUAUUAAAAAAUGAAGAUAUUGCCGCGGAUUCAAAUGGAUUAUAUAAGCAUGCUUAUGAUUUAGAUAAAGUGAAUGCUAAUAAAGUAGCUCCGCACAAUGGUGAUUCCGUAACAAUUGCUAGCGAAUCUUUGAAAGAAAUAAACACUGAAAUCGUUGAACUACUCUCAAGUAAAUCAGAUGAAGGAAAACUGAACCCGAACAGUACCAAAAGAAUAUCACCAGUGAAGGAAAUCGGUUUGGAAAGUGGACAAGUUCGAGAUCAAAGUAUGCAAAUCGAUUCAACUGAAGGCAAUGAAGAAGUACCGGCAGGAUGGAAGGUAUCGCGUUAUCGUAGUAUGUCAAAAUCAUCAUCUUCAAUUGAUGAUAAGAAUGCUACAAGGCUUAAUUUCAACAAAACAAUCAACACUUCUAAGAGAAAAAAGUUCUGGAAUAUGGAUUCAAUUGAGAAUUCAUCAUAUAUGGUAAAUGAUUUUAAGAACCUUGAAAAUCGACCUUCACAAGCAUCUACUCCUUUCAAAGUCCCAAGUUCAAGCGUUGCACCCGAAAUUUCAACUGACAUUGCAAUUCGAAACGAUAAUUUGACCAAUACAGCGGAUGUUGACGAUCUUCCCGAUAUUGUUCAAAGUGAUAGAAAUGGCAAGUUCGAUUUGUCUUCACUGAAUUCACCUACAGAAAAUAAAUCUGCUGUGUACUCAGAGUUACCCAGCGUCAAAAUUUUACAAACUGAUCAAACUGAUCACCAGGAGACUAAAUACGAAAAAUUCAAGAAAGAUUUUUUGCAAAAACGAAGCCAGGUAGCAUCGGUGCCAAAAAUAUCUAUCGAUGAUGAGCUUUCACUUAAAGGAUUGCCACAAAUUUCCAAUUACAACGACACUAUGAAUGGAGAUAAGUCAAAAGCCAAAAGAGCCUCGAAUGAACAGCAGGAUGCUACCGAGAAAAUAGCAAAACCAGAACAAUCGGCCACCGCCAAUGACAAAACGGAUGAGUUGAGUUCAACGGUCGUCAUUUAUAAAACAGCAGCAGGAGAACGGUUGAUUCUGGCAGAUGACCAACGUAGAAAUGGGUCUGAUUACGGAACUGCACGGGACACCUCUGGCAAUGUAAUGGUAAUUGACGAUUUGCGCCGAGUUAAAACGCCAAUUAGGACACCUACCGUGCCGAAUAGGAAAACCUCUUCGGAUUCGUUUGCUAAGAUGGCGAAAAAUGGUUCAGGAAAACCCGCCAGUAACGAUGGAAGUCCUAGAAUCAACAGUAUUAAAAAGCGGUGUGAGGAACGAAAGUGGAGAGAAAUCUUACAGAAUCAUCCAAAUCCAAGCAGCAAGCAGCAGCACGAGAAGAAAACUUCCAAUUCACCUUCAUCUCGAACGGGAACGAUGACUAACGAGCGGGUAACGACUAUAAAUUACGAAAUACACGAUACCCGGAGAAGACGAAGAAGUGGUGAAGUUUCUAACCCACUUGAAACGAACAAUAGUGGCAGAAUGUCCCUUCCACAAAUAUCUACUACAUCAGAUGAAAGUAAAGUUAACCCAAAGAUAGAAUGUAAUUAUGAACCAAAGGCACACAAACUAAACUUCAAAAUAACAGUUCCGGGUAAAGCACCGAUGAAGAAUACCAGCAAAAAAUAAUUAUACAUUUAUAUACAUAUUGAUUAUAUUUGGAGAU